AUGGCUGCCGUUGUUUUCUGGUCCAUGGCUGUCGACCGCCGAUCGCCCGCAAUACUGCUUCGCUCCGGCGACGAGGAUGGCUACGGCGGCGACAGCGGCACCAUGUCGCCCGUGCGCGCCUCGUCGUCGGAGGGCCAGCGGCCGGCGUCGUCGCCGCCCGACAUCGCGCAGCGUCAGCACCGCCAGCAGCAGCCCACCUCCCCGCGGCGGCGAGCCGGCGCGGCCACCAAGCGGUUCGCGUGCGCCGUGUCCACCACUUUCCGCAAGCUGGGACACCGGCUGCACCACCGGCACAACAAGGCGUCGGCCGUCGGCGGUGGCGCUGGAAGCGCUUCGUCCUCCUACACUUCCGCGGCACCCGGAACGGGAAACAGCCUGCAGUACUCGGGUCGCCUAAGCAUGAGCCACCCGGACGUGUCGUCUUCGGACAUCGCCGGGCUGGCUCGGGACUCCGCGGCGUCGACUCCGUGCCAACGGGCCGUGCCCGGCCGGGAGCAGGCCUCGUACUCGGACACCACGCUUCUGAGGAGCAGGCGGAGGCUGCAGCAACAGGGAGUCUUGGUGGACGAAGACACUUCGCUGGACGUCACCGCCACCGCGCCAGCGCUGAUGCAGACCGCGCCGCCGGCAACUCCGCCGGCGUUGCUGGCCAGUGGUCUCCUAGCGGCGACCGAGGGCGGAGAGGAAGUCUUCCCACUCAAGACCCGCAAGACGGAACCCUCGUCCGGCGUGGUGUUGUACAAGCUGGAUGUGCAUCUUCGGUGCGGCAAGAACCUGGUCGCCAAGGACGCCUGCGCGCAGUAUACGGGCACUGCAUUGGCGUUCUGCACCGUAACUGCAGGCACGAGCGACCCGUACGUGAAGUUCAAGCAGGGCGGCCGGCAGGUGUACCGCAGCCGCACGGUGUCCCGCUCGCUGGACCCGUACUGGGAUGAGUGCUUCACGGUGGCCGUGCGAGACCUCUGGGACCCGCUGGUGGUGCGCGUCUUCGACUACGACUUCGGCCUCCAGGACGACUUCAUGGGUGCAGCCACCGUCGAGCUGCACACGUUGGAAAUAGACAGGCCGACGGACAUCUUGCUCAACCUGACCGAGUCCGGCAAGGCGGAAGACGCGAACGCCAAGGAUCUUGGCUACAUCGUGCUCACCGUCACGCUGCUACCGGCAUCGGCCCGUGACGACCCGCAAUACUUCAGCAAGAGCCUGCGCCUGGGUUCCGGAGGUGGCGACGCGUCGUCAACGAGCACCAUCAAGAAGCAGAAGGUGCAGCUAUGGGACAGCGUCAUCAACGUGGUGCUCGUCGAAGGGCGAAACCUGCUGGCCAUGGACGACAACGGUUUCAGCGACCCUUACGUGCGGUUCCGGCUCGGAACCGAGAAGUACAAGAGCAAGUGGCCGUUGGGCCACGAGGACGGACGCUGGUCGCGGUUCACAAUGCCAGUCAAAACGCUGAACCCUCAGUGGUUGGAGCAGUUCGACCUACACAUGUACACGGACCAGCCCAAGGUUCUCGAGAUCACUGUGUGGGACAAGGAUUUCAGUGGCAAGGGAGACUUCAUGGGAAGGUGCUCCAUCGACCUGAGCAGCCUGGAGCCCGAGACGACACACUCGGUGUGGCAGGAGCUGGAAGACGGCGCCGGCUCGCUGUUCCUCCUACUCACCAUUAGUGGAAGCAUGCAAGGAUCCAGCUGCGUCUCGGACCUCACCGCCUUCGAGGCCACCGGAGGCUCUGCCGCACGAGAGAAGGCCCUGUGGGCGCGAUAUGGCCUGUUACACAGUUUCUACGACUGGGACGACGUCGGGCACCUCGUCGUCAAAGUGUACAAGGCACAGGGUCUGGCCUCUGCUGACCUGGGAGGCAAGAGCGACCCUUUUUGCGUGCUUGAGCUGGUCAACUCGCGGCUGCAGACGCACACCGAGUACAAGACGCUGUCACCGGAGUGGAACAAGAUAUUCUGCUUCAAGGUCAAGGAUAUUCAUUCUGUGCUGGAGCUGACUGUCUACGAUGAAGACCGUGACAAAAAGUGCGAGUUUCUCGGCAAGCUCGCCAUACCCUUGCUCAAGAUUAAGAACGGUGAGAAGAAGUGGUACGGACUGAAGGAUCGGAAACUCAAGACGAGAGUGAAAGGCCAAAUUCUGCUUGAGAUGUCGGUAGUCUACAACCCCAUAAAAGCUUGCGUGAAGACAUUCAAUCCAAAGGAGACGAAGUUCAUGCAACUUGAUCCCAAGUUCAAGCGAAUCGUGUUCAUGCGCAACCUGACACGUGUGAAAAACAUCAUCGUAUUCGUGAUCGACAUGGGGAAGUUCCUCAACAACUGCUUUCUGUGGGAGUCCGUGCCGAGGUCUCUUCUCGCCUUUGCCUCGUUCAUGGUGAUCACGUACACGGCCGAGCUGUAUAUGGUCCCGCUAGCUCUACUGCUGGUGUUCUUCAAGAACCUGCUCGUGCUCACCGUUGCUGGAAUCCAGGGUGCCGGCAGAGAAGAGGAAGAUGUGAAUGAAGAAGAUGAAGAUGAUGAAGAGGAUGAAAAGGACUCCAAAACAGAAGAGAAAAAGAGCCUCAAAGAGCGGCUACAAGCUGUCCAGGAAGCCACGGCUACCGUUCAGAAUGUUCUUGGAGAAGUGGCAUCGCUUGGCGAAAGAAUCAACAAUACGUUCAACUUCAGCGUGCCUCAGCUUUCCUGGCUGGCCGUUGUCGUGUUAUUGUUGGUCACCUGCGUCCUGUAUUACGUGCCCAUUCGUUACGUCGUCAUGGCUUGGGGGAUAAACAAGUUCACCAAGAAGCUACGCAGUCCCGACGUGGUUCCAAACAACGAAGUGAUGGACUUUCUCAGCCGUGUGCCCGACAAUGAGGAAAAGGUGAUGUACCGUGAGCUGCGGCCUGUGCCCAAUGCGGCCCUAGAGGCCGAGCGCAAGAAGAAGAAAAAAAUCAGCUGAUCGUGGAUGGCCGCCCGACGCCAGGGCUGCUCGCUCAAUGUGUUUCGCAUCGACAACGAAGCCCUGCGCCGGCGGCUGCAGCUGCCGCGCUUGCCCUUCGGCAUGCCUUCCAGAUGACGCUGGUCUCGUCACUCGCCAUUCACCAAAUGGCGACCGCCUCACUGUGGCCCUCACUACGGCAGUGUGAUCUACUCUGGUUUUUAUUCCUGUGUUGUCCGCCUCAUCGUGUUCAUCUCUCUAGUGUCCCCCCUCCUCUCCAUCUUUCUCGUGUGAGAAUGGUGUCCAUCACACAGCUUGUUUCGUUUCUGGAACAAACAAUGCGCCACUGGUGUUGUUAAACGAAUCCAAGUAUUGGUGCUGCACAACUUUUAGUAACGGUAAAGCGAAGCAAGAAGGACAUUUAAAGGACUAAAUUAACUACUCUCAGAUGUCUAUGGUGAGAUAUACCUUUCAUGGAGCUACGUGGCAUAUGGUCAUUUUUGACGUGCUUUCUGAGUACAUUAGUGCCUACAUGUGGCUAAUGUGAGCUCUGUGUUGCUCAGAUCGAUCAGUUUGCUUGUUCAGAUUGAACAGAUCUUGUUUCUAGACUCUCUCUCUCUCUCUUUAUUUCGUGAAAUAAUACAGUUAGUUUGCUUCCUGCUGGUACACCGCGAUGUCUGGGGCUUUGUUGAUGAUAAUACUGUACUGCAUGUUAUUGUUGUGGCAAACUCGAACGCCUGGUGUUCAAUGAUAAAUGCAUUGUUGUUCCGUGUAGUUGCAAGCUAUAGCCCAGGCAUCCCUGGGAAAGCUUUCGUUUUCUACUGUCAAGACGUUAUUGAACAAACUUCCGUUUUCUGGACAGGAUGUUUUUCAACUGCCGAAAUAUGUUCGUGCUAGCUAAUGGUUAUCUCGCCUUUGACGCUGUUUCAGUGAUAAAUGUAUUGUACCGGGAGCAUGCCUCUCGUCUAAAUGAGUUCUAACGGUGCUGCACAGAUGUUUAAUUGCUUUGAACUCGAUGCAAUCUUCAAUACAUCUUCACACCCAGAUUAAGGUGUUCAUCCUACCUACACUUCGUUACAUGGUCAAGUAGUAUGGUAUGGUCAAAUUUAGGAUAAAUAGUUGACUAUGUCUACAGUCGAAUCUUAUAUGUGGCUUGUUUAUGGAUGCCCAAAGGUAACGUGUUGUGGGCUGCCAGCGUAGUUUCCAAUACACUGUCAAGGUCGUAUUGUAUAAAUAAAUACUUGUAAAUAGUCAGAAAUGCAAAGAUAAACUCAAGGCCUGUUGUUUUUUAUUUACGUUGUUAGGACGAACAGCCCUUCUGAUGGUUUUAAAGCUUCGUCUGAAAGGUCAGCGCAGUAGGAGGCCAUGCGUUGUUGCCUGAAGUUCGUGCGAAAUGAUACCCAGAUUUCUUGAUCUUCUGUGUGUUGUUUCGUUAGUGUUUUCUUUGAAUGAAUGCGCUAUACCUUUUGUAUUUGUACAGAAUAACGUGCUUUGUGUAUAUGCACAACGUAAAGAAAAAAAAGCUGUCUUGGACAAGUGCUUUUGUGCGCUCGUUUCCAUGAGUACGUAUUCUACCUUAUGCACGGUGCCAAAGACGUUACAGCACUCAUAAUCACUUCACCACCAGUUCGUUGUAGAGGCCUUGUACUGUUUUUUUUUUAUGUCUCCAAUUUAGUCUUUUAGUGCUUUAUAUAUGUCGAAAGUUGGGUGCUUGCGAAAACUGUUUGAGAUAUUUUUGCCGUGGCACCUCAAAGGGUUGAUUUCGCUGCCCGCAGACUGAGCUUUUAUUUGUGAUGUUUUGGCCUUCAUUUAUUAGUGUAAAAAAAUAACUGCUUGCCAGAUGCUCAGUUAUACUUCGUUCUCUCAUACGCUAUGAGUGUCACUUACUUUCUGGAUUUCCUGAGCCCUCCACUACGGUGUCUCUCAUGAUCAUAUCGUGGUUUUAGGAUGUUAAACCCCACAAAUCAUCAUCAUCAUUACAUUGCCAUAAACAGGCUUCGAAGAAAUCAUGUGUGCUGAGCACUUUCAGCGAUUCAACGUUGCACCACGCCCACCUUUGCAGAUGCAAACGUUUUGCGUCUGAAUGUCUUCUUACGUGUGAGAGCAUCACAACGAUACUUAUACAAGUAAGCUUCUAAGCACAAAAAAAGUAUGGACUUGUACAGUAUCAUAAGCCUCAGCAAGCUGAGGCGGGUCGACCCGAGAGGCGGUUCAUAAUACCGCUGCUGCAAGCGCUCACGAAAACUUUAAAUAUGAAUGGGCGCAGUUACUUAGGCUUUUGACUAGAAGUAACAUAACGAUGGCAUUUAAAUUCUUUUGACGAAAAUUUUUUUACGUUUCUUCUAGCUCCAUGCCUAACAUGCCGACAGAGUGUGUGAUAAAUGGGCUGUAUACUGUUAAAGGUUAUGGGAAAAUGCUAUAGUAAAGAGACACUAUAAACAUUCUAGCCGCAUGUGCACUGUCAAGCUGUCCAAACCAUCUUGCGCACAAGACCGCGAUGGUCUAUUGUGGCUUAAUCGUUGUUGCGUUGAGAAAACAAAGAUUCCCUCUUACAGCACUCCACCUAAAAAUUAUCAAACUGCAAGAAGAAUUACAAUGAUGAUCACUUGUAAAAUUGCCUAUGUGUGGUUUGCAGGGAUCAUGUUUGUUUACUUGUGCUUGUCUUGGCAAAAACUUUUGUAAGUUUUCUGAAACGUUAACGUAUUCUUGCACUUUCAAAAGUGAAACGAAACGCUAAUGUGUUAAGAGUUUUAGGUUCGCGCCAUUAAGCAAUGAUGAAGGAUGACAUCGUAAAUAGUGCAAAGGUGGGCAUGGUUUCUUUGUUGCAUUCUCAUUUGUUUCUUUAUCCUGCUUGGACUUGUGCAGCCACCCUACUCGUAUUUAACGCUUGUUUAAAAAGUAGCUGGCGGCUGUCCUUCUUCGCACUGCUACUAGAACUACAUCGCUACAGCUUUCCCUCGCUGGAAAGCAAUGCAUGUCGACAGUGGUCUAGUCUACGUCUGCAGUAUCUGCAGUAGGAUUAUGAUGUCUCGUUAGCAGACAACCUAUUAUAUUUUAGAUCUCUUUAUGAGAUGUCAUGGGGCAAUCGUAUACUGUCUGUGUAGAAUCUAGUCGGAAGAUUCAAAGUGUCCAUGUGACAUUAUCACUAAGAAUCUUCAGCUGCCAACGUACCUCAGAGGCAUUAAAUCUCAUGUUUGAAUUCAUGUACUUUUCAUAGCAUAGCCGUUUCCUUUUUCAAGUACGCACGCUGCAUCUUGGAGAAACACUGAUGGUCGUCCCCUAAGCAAGGGGCUACCAAAAUGAACACCAGAUCAUAUGUUGGCAUUUCUGUAUUCAUGCCUGCAAUGUUUGAAUAGGGCAAGAGGCAUACCUGUAGAUCAUUUGCAUCCAUAUGCCCCGUGAUGACUGAUUGGAGUAGAAAACACAAAACAAGUAUAUAUGUUUUUUGUCCAAGGCAUCAUUGAAUAUUGCAUUGUUAAAGCUUUUGCCCGGGUCACGCUGUUUGAGCUCGUCGAGCCUGGUAAUGAAGCGAGCUAUCGCUGGAAAUUGUCAGCUGCGAACUGCCAUUUCUUGUCUUUAAAGCGCAAUUAUGUUAUUACGUGACUUUGCGCAUGAAGAAAAUGUUGUCAAGCACGGGGUCCUUUCAAGAGGGCGUUUGCAAUCCAUGUGAUAUUCUAAGAGCUGACUUCACGUAUUCUUUCAAUUUUUUGAGUUCAAUGAAACUCUGACUCUUAAUAGGUAGUACAGCGAUGCCCACGAGCAGCCGUAGGCUGUAUUUAUGACCGCAUGCUUUGUAUACAUUUGAUAUAAUCGUCCGAAGUUUCUGCCUCUCGGACGACACAAUUUGCAGUGAGUUGAAUGUUUCCCCGGACCCCUUAAAAGUCGCAGCGGAAUUUCAAACACAGCCCAUUUGCAGCUUGCGUACCGUUCGACAGUAUACAUGAAUACAUAUGAUGGUGCCAGUGUGUGGAAGCCUAUGAAUACUGUGUAUGCAUCUGUGAAUACAACGCGAUGUCGCGGAGAGCCAAUUGGACAUGUUUUCUUGUACUUAAGAGAACAGCUGAUUUCUCCACAUUUCCUUGACUCUCCCUUUCCUUGACUUUCUCACCGUUUAUGCUGUUCAUCGUUCUCUCCUCUGCCAUUGCUCCAGCCAGAGUUCACGACAGAUGCUCGAUUCUAUGAAACAUGUGUGCCUUUUUAAAAACAACUAUGCGUAUGACUAUUAUCAGUGUCCUGUGUGUCGUUGUGCUACAGUGUUGCGUAAAUGUAAGUGCAUGCGUGAUUAUGUGAAAAGUGUCUGCUAAAAAAUGUACGAUGUGGCUAGAAAGAAUCAUCUUCAAUUCUUACUUCAGAAAUUUUCUCGACUAAUCCUAACCGUACGUAUUGAUAACCCAAACAGUAUCCCAUGGAUAACUAGAACAAAUGCAGGCUGUUUCUGCAUGAAAAUGUUAUUUCAUAAACACACAUUACAGAAUGUCAAUGCUAAAAUGUAAUUAAUGCAAUGACAAUUUCGUUGCGACGACUUCAGUGCUAUCAGUACAACGAGAUAAAAACGUCUCAGUGGCCACUGUGACAGUCAGCUUGCCUCAUCGAGAGGAUCAGAUAAAAGUAGCAUACAAACAAGCCAAAUGAAUCACUACAUUAUAGCUGCCAAAGAAUUCACAGCAGUCAAGAGACCAUGUUCAGCUUAAUAUAGUGAAAGCAAAACACAUUUUCUGUAUUUUGGUAAGUUUUCUGCUCACACUUCCACUCCUCGCGAAUUUGGGUCAGCAGUCGCCAUGAUACAAGAGACAGGAAUCUUGAACAAUUAAACCUACGCCGUCUUUUUGAGCCGGAAUCUUAUUUUAGACGGGUAUACUCGACAGCGCUAACUCCGUAUUUGUUUUGCCAUACUUGGAGUGAUAUGUUGAGGAUCACUUCAAUGGAUAACAAAUAGACAUAAUAUCUGCAUAAUUAAAGCAACACCUAAGCAACAUUUCAUGGAAUAUGAACGCGGUUAUUGGUCUCGAGUAGGUAUCGCUGAUUAGCUCAGAGAUUUAUGCGAGCAGUAUUUGUGCCCAUAAAUCAGUUCAACCAAAUGUAGUUACUAAUAAGCCAUAUUUUUGGAGACGCAUUGAACGACCUAGUUCUGGUUUCAUUACAUGUGAUGACUAGAAAAUUAAUUUACAAGCUAUUUAAAAAUAGAAGACACGUUGACCAUGGUACGUGAACGGGAAAGAACGCUGAUUUGGGUGUGUAUGCGUGCAACAUGAAAUGAGAUGUGAAUGAGUUUUUAUUACGCUGUUGUUCAGAUACGAUAUCCGUGUCUCCUCACUUGCUGCAGAGGCAAGCUUGUCACCAGAGUUACCGCCCUUCGUUGAUACAUGACGCGACGAUGUGCUGUAGGGUUAUGUCAAUUAUGUUCCUUCUUCGCUCACUCUCGAAUGCAAACUAUGUGUUGUGAAUGGAUGAGCGUAGCCUGCACAUAUGGUGUCUUGCUGUUUUACAUAUCAUUAUAUUUGUGCAUUUGUGUGUGUUUGCUCAUCACUUUGACUGUGUAGAUCUUGAAGAGAUUAUCUGCAUAGCGCUUAUUUUUGUUAUUUCGCUGGACGGUAUUGGUGCCGUGGGUGAGCCGAUCACAGUUGUUUGUUCGCACACUGUUGGGUGCAAUAUGAAUCCGAGAUCAAGUGCAUGUGGUUGUGAAAUCAUUGUAAGGAGCUUGUGAAAAAAAAUGCGGCCUCACCGAAGACGCAUGUUGACAUUCCAGAAGAUGAAUUAAAUGCUUUUUCAUUGCAA